GGUCUCAUACCGAAUAUCAAAACAACUCUGUGAACCAACCCUAUGAACAGCCGGGAGGCACAUAGUGGACAUUAGCCAGAGAGAGUGAAACAACAACAGAGACAGAGAGACGGGCCUUCUCUCUCACUUCAUCAUACACAUUUUAUACUUCCACUUUGCUCUGUGAGAGGCAAGCCAUUCAGCAUGUCGCGAGGCAGCUUUGUCUUCACACCUACGGCCUUACGCUCUCUUAAACUCGAUGAGGACAUGCUGGAGAGAUACAAGUACAAGAAGCAGUUGGCCUCCCAUCACCUCAAUAGCUAUAUGGUGAAGAGGGAGCCACCACUGAGGUCCAGCACUGCCCGGCCACCAACUGUAUGCCAAGACGUGGUGGUCCACAACGCUGUGUAUACAGGAGACCUGGAGGCGAUGCAGCACCUCUUUCCUAAAGGAUCCAUAGCAAACCUCAUCAUUGAGCCACGGGGAGGGGAAAUGCGCUGGGUCGCCAGAGGGGAAGGUCUAUGGUCACUGACUUAUGAGCAAGAGCUGACCACACCAAUUCACAUCACAUCUAGCCGAGGCUUCACUGACUGCCUGAGACUCCUGCUGCAACGUGGGGCCAAUGUAGACCUGGCACCUGGUGGCACCACCGCUCUGCAUGAGUCCUGUGAAAACUGCCAGUCUGAGUGUACCAAACUACUGCUAAGCCACGGUGCCAACCCCAAUGCUGUCUCAGAAGAUGGUCUAAUGCCUUUGCAUUUGUGUACAAGCCCUGAAUCCCUUGAAUGUGCCAAGUAUCUCCUUCAGUAUGGUGCAGAAAUCAAUGGUUGCACUGUAGAUGAAGAUGACACUCCCUUACAUGCGGCAGCCAGGAACGGCCUCAUAGACCACAUCGAGCUCUAUCUACGCUAUGGGGCUGCCGUGGACAAACGGAAUGACGUUGGUCUCACACCCCUGAACGCUGCUUGCUCUCAGCCCCAGGAGUUGCAGGACCUUGAACGUUACCUCAAGGUGUGCCAGAUGCUGCUGGGGGCAGGCGCUGACAUCCGCACUACGGACCAGGACAAACACAGUCCUUUGCACAUGGCCUGCAAGAAUGUAAAUCCAGACAUAGUAGAUCUGCUAUUGGCUAAAGGAGCCUCUGUUAACGACAUGGACUAUGGAGGUGAAGCCCCUAUGCACAACAUCCUGAAAGUGGUGUGCUACAAGGUUUCCCAUCAUCCUGAGAGGGUUGUCCGUGCUUUGCUCAACCACGGUUCUAUUCGGGUGUGGCCUGGGGCUUUACCCAUGGUUCUGAGGCACUGCUCUAUAUCUCCACGCACCAUCGAGGUUCUUCUGAACGUCUACAGUCACCUCAAAGUCAAUGACACCUGGGUUGAGUCCGUGUCCGAGGAGGUGUUCAAGGAGCACAAGGAGUUCUAUGAGUCGGUCUUCGCCUUGGAACGGACUCCUCGCUCCCUGCAGCACUUGGCACGCUGCAGACUCAGGACUUUCCUGGAUGCAAGGGUACACAAGGUGGUCCCAAAGCUUGAUCUGCCCACCUUCAUCAAAGACUACCUGCUGCUGGAAUGCAGAGGCUACGUCCACUGAAAGCACUUUAUGCAGUAUUAGUUAGUCCUGAUGAGGAUUGAGUGCUGCUAAAUGUGAGGAGGGAAUUGUAGUUGGCAAAUAAUAAUACUCAAGAGAAAAGUAACACACUGAGAAUAUGUUUAAAGGCCUUUCAUGCCAUGUAUUUUUAUAUGUUUAGCUUUUCAGGAGGAAAAUGCAAACUUUUGUUGUCUGUCACUGCACUCCAGAUCAAUCCUUCAGCACUGGACACGUUUGAUUUUUCACCACAAGAGGGAGCUAUAGACCAGAGUUGAUCAAGUAUAUAGUGGGUAUGCACUUGUAUGUUUUAUAUUUUAUUUAUGAUCGAUUUUUGUUUUUUACUUCCGCACUUGAUAGUCAUUAAAGAAGCUCAGUUGCUUUGUAUUUUUAUACAUAAUCCUCACAGUUUGGCGUGAAUGCGCAUUUCACACUGAGGAUUGCUAUAAAGGCUAUAUUUGCAUAAAUAAUUAUUUACCGAUAUUAUUGUAACCUUUUAUAUCCACAUUUGGCUUAAUAUCAAAUAAAA